AUGGGAACAGUGUUUUAUGAUAGUGCUUUUUCAAACCAAAAAGAGAUGCCAAUCAUUGCAAUAAUUAGAUCCAGGACUAGUUCUCAUUUAUUAAAAACAUCUUUGAAAUCUUCUCUUUCAAUUCUUGGUCUAUUCUGGUGA